AUGCAGGACGAGGUGCUAUCGAAGGUUCCCAUUCCUGAGGAGCAUAUUUACUCUAUUGAUGAUGAAUUGUCUGUUGUGGAAGCUGCAAGCGACUAUGAGGAACUGAUGAAAGAGCUUGUGGAGGAGGGCGUUCUCAGAACAACACAGGGUGUGCCGUUUCCUCGCAUUGACCUGAUUCUUCUUGGAUUCGGUCCUGAUGGCCAUGUGGCUUCACUCUUCCCCAACAGCCCGCUGUUGCGUGCACUGCCUGCUCAGCUGGUCCGUCCUUAUAUUGGAUCAGUCACCUGGUUUGUGGAUUCCGCCGCAGCUUCAAAGCUGCCUGCAUAG